AUGGGCAGCGCAGCCAGCCAAUCAGCGGGGCGCUGGGAUUAUCCCGAGUUUUGCUUCAAGUCGGAGGCUGUCCCUAAAAGGGGAGCGGAGCCAAAGCUCCCGCACGUCGGCGCUGAGGUUUGUUGGAAUUUUGAGCGGCGCAUUUCGGAAUCGCGGCUUCCCGGGGCCUCGAUUCCCUGCGGAGGACGGAGGAACCGCAUCGGCAGCGAGACGAGGAUCCUGGCCUCCCCCGGCAGCCCCCGGGAGCCCUUCUUCAAGCCCCCGUCGCCGGCGGCGCCCAGCCCGGGGCUGCCGGCGUCUCCGAAGCGCCUGGACGCCGUCCCGCUCAAAGAGGAGCGCGAGGGCCUGGCGAAGGCCGUGGGAAGCCCGCAGAGCAUGUCCAGCGCCGAGGAGGAGGAGGAGGGCGACGACAACAACGACUCCCCUUCCUCCAACUCCUCGCGGCCCCUCAAGGUGAGGAUUAAAACCAUCAAGACGUCUUGUGGCAGCAUCACCAGGACCGUCACCAGGAUCUCCUCGGAUUCGGAGCCGGGCUCCGCCAAGGGGCCGGCGGAGCAGAGCCCCCAAGAGACCUCCCUGGAAGCUGCUGCUUAUCCAGCCGCGGCGGAGAAGGAAGAUGGAAUGGGGCUGGAUAUCCCCAAGGAGAAACUGGAGCUCUCCAGCCCCUUGAAAGCCGUGGAGGGCCCCAAAAUCGUCAGCGUCCAGCUGGGGAACGGCACGAAGAUCAAGGGCACGGUGCUGCCCGUGUCCACCAUCCAGAGCGCCAGCAGCGCCAUGCUCAUCGCGGCCAGCGUGGCCCAGCAGAAGUCCGUGGUGCUGCCGGGCAAGGCGGGCAAGGCCGUGGCCAAGAACAUCCUCAACCUGGUGCCGCAGGCGCUGCCCAAGGCCGACGCGCGGAGCGCGGACUACCGCUGCCUGGAAUGUGGCGACUCCUUCGCCCUGGAGAAGAGCCUGGCCCGCCACUACGACCGGCGCAGCAUGCGCAUCGAGGUGACCUGCAACCACUGCACCAAGCGCCUCGUCUUCUUCAACAAGUGCAGCCUCCUCCUGCACGCGCGCGAGCACAAGGACAAGGGCCUGGUCAUGCAGUGCUCGCACCUCGUCAUGCGGCCCAUCGCGCUGGACCAGAUGAUCGGGCAGCCCGACAUCACCCCGCUCGUGUCGGUGGCCUCCUUCCCCGCCGGCAAGGUGGCCGCGGUGGCCCAGGACGCCGUGGCCGCCGCCAACGGGGCGCAGGAGCUGCCCAUCCUGCCCCUGAGCGGCGCCUCGGAGCAGAGCAGCUACAGCUGCUUCCGCUGCCUGGAGUGCAAGGAGCAGUGCAAGGACAAGGCCGGGCUGGCCGCGCACUUCCAGCAGGCAGGGACCACGGGGACCACGAGCAGCACGAACCGGCCGCCCCGCGUGUGCCCCGGGUGCUGCGGCAACUUCCUGCUGGCCAACGUCGAGGCGCACCUCAAGGAGGCCUGUCUGCACUUCUCCCGGCGCGUGGGCUACAGGUGCCCCAGCUGCGCCGUGGUGUUCGGCGGCGUCAACUCCAUCAAGUCGCACAUCCAGACGUCGCACUGCGAGGUGUUCCACAAGUGCCCCAUCUGCCCCAUGGCGUUCAAGUCGGCGCCCAGCGCCCACGCGCACGUCUACACGCAGCACCCCGGCUUCAGCAACCAGCAGUCCAAGAUGAUUUACAAGUGUGCCAUGUGCGACACGGUGUUCACCCACAAGCCCCUGCUCUCCUCCCACUUCGACCAGCAUCUCCUCAACCAGCGGGUCAGCGUCUUCAAGUGUCCCGACUGCCCCUUGCUCUUCGCCCAGAAACGCACCAUGUUGGAGCACCUCAAGAACACUCAUCAGCCGCAGAAGCCCAAGGAAGACCUGGUGAAGAAAGCGGCCGUCCUGCUCACGCCGAAGCAGGAGCCCGUGGAAACGCCCGUGUCCAAGAUGUCCGAGGAUUCCUCGUCCUCCACGGAGGAGGACGAGCCCCCCAGCUCCCCGGAGCUGCGCAAGACCAAGCGCAGCCGCUUCCAGCGCCAGACGUCGGUGAAGAAGUUCCCGUGCCGCCUGUGCGAGCGCUCCUUCUGCUCCGCUCCCAGCCUCCGGAGACACGUGCGAGUGAACCACGAAGGGAUCAAGCGCGUCUAUCCCUGCCGGUACUGCACGGAGGGCAAGCGGACCUUCAGCAGCCGCCUCAUCCUGGAGAAACACAUCCAGGUGCGGCACGGGAUCAAGGUGACCGACCAGACCAAGAGCCAAGAGGUCGUCAUCGCCCGGAUAGGGACCGGCCCCGCGCAGCAAAGGGCAGAGUCCGGACUCGCUGCCCUGCCCUCGGGGAGGGUGAAGAGGGAAGCAAAGGUUACUCCGGGGACCCGUGUGCCGGGCGGGAAGUCGCCUCCCGCCCGGGAUGAGGCCGGGAGAUGGGAACCUCCCCGCCCCGGGCCGGCGUUUGCAACCCGCCUGUGCUUGGGGUAG